AUGGGACUGCUGCUCCCGAUCAUUCUCGGCUUUCUGGCCGCUGUGAUUGGAGGACUCUACCUCCUCGGAGUGUUUCGACAGCGGCGACAGGGAGAACCCCCUUUGGAUAAGGGCCCCAUUCCUUGGCUGGGUCAUGUCUUUGAGUUUUGCCGCAACGCGCAAAAGUUCUUAGACAGGAUGAAGCAAAAGCACGGCGACGUGUUCACAAUACAAUUGGGAGGGUAUUACACCACCUUCCUUCAGGACCCGCAGUCGUUCGGUUCUGUUGUCAAGGAGAGUCGAGAGAAACUGGACUUCAGAAAGUUCGCCGUGCAGUUUGUGCACAGAGUGUUUGGUUAUUCAGCGUCUUUGGACGAACACUCUAGUCUCCAUAAUGCCAACAGCAAGCACCUGAAGGGGGAUGGCUUGGAGGUGAUUACACAAUCCAUGAUGGGUAAUUUGCAGAACCUAAUGCUGCACAAACUCGACUCCUCUGCGGGCCAACAGGCCUGGAUUGAGGAGGGACUGUUCAAGUACUGCUACAAUAUUGUUUUUAGGGCGGGCUACUUGUCUCUGUUCGGCACUGAGCCGCACAAAUCAGCCGGAAGUGAGGAGAAAGCCAAAGAGAAGGACCGAGUCGAGUCAGAAGCGUUAUUUGGCGAGUUUCGUAAAUAUGAUCAACUCUUUCCCAACCUGGCUUAUGGGAUCCUGACACCAAUGAAAAGGUUGGAAGCAACGAGGCUCAAGGAAUACUUCUGGAAUUGUCUGUCAGUGAAGAAGAUGAUGAACAAAGACAACAUCAGUCGCUGGAUUUGUGACGUCCAGCAGGCCAAGGUGGAGUUGGGAAUGAAGGAGUCGAUGAUAAGCAAGUUUAUGCUUAUGCUUCUUUGGGUCUCUCAGGGCAACACAGGGCCAUCUUCAUUCUGGCUGCUCUUCUUUCUGAUGAAACACCCGGAGGCCAUCGCAGCAGUGAAGGAGGAGGUCUUUAAAGUUCUGAAGGAGUUUGGACAAGAGGUCCGACCCGGGGGUCCUUUGAUCGACCUGACCCGCAAAAUGCUGAUGAAAACGCCAGUCUUGGACAGCGCCGUGGAGGAGACCCUCCGCCUCACUGCCGCGCCCCUCCUCACCAGAGCGGUGCUUCAGGAUAUGAUGCUCAAGAUGGCGGACGGGCGUCAAUACCCCAUACGCCAGGGCGACAGAAUAGCAGUCUUUCCUUACAGCGCCGUUCACGUUGACCCGGAGAUCCACCCUGACCCGCUGUCAUUCAAAUACGACCGCUUUCUCAACCCAGAUGGGAGCAAGAAAACCGAUUUUUACAAAGCAGGGAAGAAGGUGAAGUACUACAACAUGCCCUGGGGUGCUGGGGUCUCCAUGUGCCCGGGGCGUUUCUUUGCCACCAAUGAGCUGAAACAAUUUGUUUUCCUCAUGUUGGUGUAUUUUGAGUUUGAGCUGACGAAUCCCGACGAGGAGAUUCCCGAAAUGGAUAACAGGCGUUGGGGGCUCGGAUCAAUGCAGCCCAAUAGGGAGAUUCAGUUCCGAUACAGACUCCGAUAUUAAACCAGUCUGCCUUUGUGUUUGUUGUCAUAUCAAUGAUGUGAUGAGCACGUUAUCAAUGUGGCUUUAAAAUGUGAUGUUUUAAAAUGUUGGUUUUCCAAGCAUGAUAUCAUUUUCUAUUAUAAGACAUGUCCAAUGAAACACUGGUAAGUGUCUAGUAAUUAAUCAAAGCAAGACCAUAAACAAUGUACUAAAGUCAAAGAUGGAGAGCUUCAGAUGUUGACAAUCAGAGUGUUGGGGACAUCUCAUUGCAUGUCUCCGAGGGGUGAGAACUAAACAAAUGUUUAAAAAAAAGCAGA